UGGGGAGAAGAAGUCAUGACUCCCACCCUCACGGCCCUGCUCUGCCUUGGGCUGAGUCUGGGCCUCAGGACCCGAGGGCAGCAAGGGAUCCUCCCCAAGCCCACCCUGUGGGCUGAGCCAGGCUCUGUGAUCACCUGGGGGAGGCGAGUGACCCUCUGGUGUGAGGGGACCCUGGAGGCCCAGGAGUACCGUCUGGAGAAAGAGGGAAGCUCAGUGCCCUGGGACAGACAGAUCCCACAGGAUCCCAGGAACAAGGCCAAGUUCUCCAUCCCAACCAUGACACAGCACCAUGCAGGGCGAUAUCAAUGCUACUAUCACAGCCCUGCUGGCUGGUCAGAGCGCAGUGACACCCUGGAGCUGGUGGUGGUGACAGGAUCCUACAGCAAACCCAGGCUCUCAGCCCUGCCCAGCCCUGUGGUGACCUCAGGAGGGAAUGUGACCCUCCAGUGUGGCUCAUGGCUGGGAUAUGGCAGCUUUGUUCUCACUAAGGAAGGAGGACACAAGCUCACCUGGACCCUGGACUCACAGCAAGACUCCAGUGGGCAGUUCCAGGCCCAGUUCCCUGUGGGCCCCGUGACCCCCAGCCACAGGUGGACAUUCACAUGCUAUGGCAGUUACAGGACAACCCCCCAGGUGUGGUCAGAACCCAGUGACCCCCUGGAGCUCCAGGUCUCAGGGCUGUCCAGGAAGCCCUCCCUCCUGACCCAGCACAGCCCAGUCCUGGACCCUGGAGAGAACCUGGCCCUCCAGUGUCACUCAGACAGUGGCUAUGACAGAUUUGCUCUGUCCAAGGAGGGCGGACAGGACCUCCCCCAGCUCCCUGGCCAGCAGCUCCAGGCUGGGCUGUCUCAGGCCACCUUCCUUCUGGGCCCUGUGAGUGGCUCCCAUGGGGGUCAGUACAGAUGCUACGGUGGACACAGGCUCUCCUCUGAGUGGUCAGCCCCCAGUGACCCCCUGGACAUCCUGGUCACAGGACAGCUCCCUGCCUCACCCUCCCUCUCAGUGCAGCCGGGUCCCACAGUGUCCUCAGGAGAGAACGUGACCCUGCUGUGUCUAUCAAGGAGCUGGGUGGACACCUUCCUUCUGGUCAAGGAGGGGGCAGCUAAUCCCCCCCUGCGUCUGAGACCAGAGUACAGAGCUCCAGGGUUCCAGGCAGAAUUCUCCAUGAGAGCUGUGACCUCAGCCCUGGCGGGGACCUACAGGUGCUAUGGGUCUCAAAGCUCAUCCCCCUACCUGCUGUCAUGGCCCAGUACCCCCGUGGUCCUGGUGGUCUCAGGAUCCUCUGGGAGCCCCAGCCCCCCAUCCUCAGGGGCCACUACAAUAGCUGGAGGCCCUGAGGAGCAGCCCCUCAACCCCACUGACCCCGGACCCCAGAGUGGACUGGGAAGGCUGCUGCAGGUUCUGGUCGGGGUCCCAGUGGCCUUCCUCCUGCUGCUCCUCCUGCUCCUCCUCCUCCUCCUCCUCCGGCAUCAGAGCAGACGCAGGAAGGCGGCCCAGACAGAGGCUGGCCUCCAGGGACCUGCAGGGCCCACAGAGGCAGAGCCCCAGGACAGCGGCCUGCAGAAGAGGUCCAGCCCAGCCGCUGCCGCCCAGGAACAACACCUCUAUGCUGCUGUGAAGGACCCGCAGCCCGAGGUCGGGGUGGAGCUGGACAGUCGGAGCCCACCUGACAGGGACCCCCAGGGAGCAACAUAUGCCCAGGUGAAGCACUCAGGACUCAGGAGGGACGGGAGCUGCCCUCUUCCCCCACUGUCGGGGCAGUUCCUGGGCACAGAGGAUGCAGAGGACAGACACAUGGACACUCAGGCUGCUGCACCUGAAGGUCCCCAGGACGUGACCUACGCCCAGCUGUGCAGCGUGACCCUCAGACGGGGGGUGGCUGCCCCCACUUCCUCCCAGGAAGAGCAGCCCCCAGCGGGGCCCAGUGUGUAUGCUGCCCUGGCCCCACUCACCCGGGGGCUGCCCCAGAGGACUCGCACUAGAGACCCCAGCGUCCAUAGACACCUCAAGAGCCAGCAGGAGCUUCUGGGACCUUGUUCCACAGCUGCAGAUGACUGAUGACUGAUGCCCCUAAUUCUGGAAAGGGAGCGAGAGACUUGUGAGGAGUCAAGGAUGGAGUGAGGAGCCCAGCCGGAGGGGAAGGCGGAGCGGAGGAUCAGGAGCCCUGCUCCUCACCAGGACCUGAGCAUGCAGGACCAUGGCCCAUGGAGGACAGAAGCAGCCUCAACACCAGGGACCUCAGCGACCCUAGGGGGAGCGGAGAAAGGUUAACAAACCAUUCCAGGUGAAGGCUCAGUGACAGCAGCUACUACUGAGGACACAGAAAAGCAGAACAAUGAGGAACUUCAAAACAUCCAGCCUCUUUAUUAGUGCAUUAUAGUUACACUUGGCAGUGGGGAUCCUGCUGACAGAUUCAUGAAUUCCUAUGACAGUUUUCUCCAUUUCAAUCCCCAACACCUCCCGCCCUCCUCUCCCCUGCUCCCUCCCCUCCCUCCUCCUCCCUCCCUUUCCUUUUCCCUCCCCUCCCCUGCUCCCUCCCUCCCCUCCCCCCUCUU